ACGGUAUGUGAGGAAGACUUGUACGGGAAGAGGAGCCAGCAGACGCGAGGGAGCGAUUCUAAGACCGGGUUGGUAUUUCACCGUGUGGAGGGGUUCUGCCGGUCCAGUCCGUCUGAAACUGAAGUCGUGUGGGAGUCUGUCUCCCGUUAGUUUGCUAACCCGCUAGUCUACCAGCGGCAUCUGCCUGCCUUCGUCUCAUUCUCUGCUCUGUGUCUGUCUCAGUGUUGUCAGGCGGCUCAGAACCUUUGGAGACCCACACCGUUAACAAAGCCACCCUGUCCCGCUGGGUUAGGAACCGUUUGUGUACAGGUGCCGGUUUCCCUGCGGUAGGAUGUCUGGACAGAGCAUCACAGACCGGAUCACCGCCGCCCAGCACAGUGUCACCGGCUCCGCCAUAUCCAAGACUGUGUGCAAGGCGACCACACAUGAAGUAAUGGGGCCGAAGAAGAAACAUUUGGAUUAUUUAAUUCAGUGCACAAAUGAGAUGAAUGUGAACAUCCCUCAGCUGGCUGACACCCUGUUCGAGAGGACCACCAACACCAGCUGGGUUGUGGUGUUCAAGUCCCUCACCGCCACACACCAUCUGAUGGUCUACGGCAAUGAGAGAUUUAUACAGUAUCUGGCUUCAAGGAACACACUGUUCAACCUCAGCAAUUUUCUGGACAAAAGUGGCCUACAAGGAUAUGAUAUGUCGACGUUCAUCAGGAGGUGUAGCCGCUACCUGAACGAGAAGGCUGUGUCCUACAGACAAGUCGCUUUUGACUUCACUAAAGUGAAAAGAGGGUCUGAUGGCGUGAUGAGAUCCAUGAACACAGAGAAACUCCUCAAGACCAUCCCAAUAAUCCAGAACCAGAUGGAUGUGUUACUCGAUUUCAACGUCAAUGCCAAUGAACUGACAAAUGGUGUUAUCAACGCAGCCUUCAUGCUUCUGUUCAAAGAUGCCAUCCGUCUGUUUGCAGCGUACAAUGAAGGCAUCAUCAACCUCCUGGAGAAAUACUUUGACAUGAAGAAAGUCCAGUGCAAAGAAGCACUUGACAUCUACAAAAAAUUCCUCACACGAAUGACUAGAAUCUCCGAGUUCCUCAAAGUAGCAGAGCAAGUCGGGAUUGAUCGAGGAGACAUACCAGAUCUGUCUCAGGCCCCCAGCAGCCUGCUUGAUGCUCUGGAGCAGCACUUGGCCUCUCUAGAGGGAAAGAAAGUGAAGGACUCGACAGCAGCCAGCAGGGCUAGCACACUCUCCAAUGCCGUCUCCUCCCUGGCCAACACCGGCAUAUCUUUCACCAGAGCGGAUGAGAGGGAGAAGCAGGCCGCCCUGGACGAAGAGCAGAGUCGCCUUCAAGCACUCAAAGAGCAGCGUCUGAAGGAGCUUCACAAAAACCCUGUGGCAGCAACCACAGACUCCUCCCCCGUCUUUGAGGAGGGCGGGACCAUCAACUCAGCCCCUACAAUCGACCUCUUUACCACCCCCAGCUCCAACAACAGCAUCUCCAAGGCAGCUAUUGAACUGCUCGACCUGCAGCCAGCGUUCCAGCCUUCACUGCCUCUCUCCACUACCAGCUCCUGGGGAGACUCCUUCUGUGGGCCAAGCCCUUACAACACCACUCCACUCUUCCAGUCUGAGCCCCCUGCUGUAGCUGGUCUCUUCAGAGGGUUUACAGCCUCCCCAACAGCCCAGCAGCAACAGAACCCUCAGGGCCUUAGCGUGGACUUUGACUCCGUGUUUGGCAACAACACUAUUGCUAACGACCUGGAUUCUACAGAUGUUUUAGGUGACCUCCUCAAACCCACAGUGGCGUCCUCACCCAACCAGGGCCUGACCCUGAACGGCCACAAACUUGUUUCCAACGACCUGGACUCGUCACUUGCAAAUCUGGUUGGCAAUCUGGGAAUUAGCAAUGGCACAGCAAAGAAUGAUCUUCACUGGAGUCAGCCUGGUGAGAAGAAGCUGACUGGUGGAAACAACUGGCAACCCAAAUCCGCUCCUUCUACCACCUGGAACCCUGCAGCCAUGGCACCAUCUGUCAUGGCAUUCCCUCCUACCACAACCACAGGCAUGAUGGCAUAUGGAAUGCCUCCCCAAGUGAGCUCCAUGAUGAUGACCCAGCCCACCAUGAUGUACUCCCAGCCUGGGAUAAGGCCAGCCAACCCUUUUGGCCCCAACCCAGGUGCACAGAUGCAGUUUAUGUAACCUGAAGGAGGAGGGGUUUUACCCCAAACCCAUCUGAAGAUGAUUUAAAACAAUGUCAACUAUCCAAGCAAAUGUGCAGUUUGCUUCUAAGGAAUGUCUCUCUGAGAAUAAAAAGCCCAACCAGACUUGAUCAACUCACGGUGACUGGGAGCGGCGUCACAGUGGACAUUGGCCCCGCCUAGUCCUGUGGAAGUCCUAGAAGAGAAGGAGCGUGCUGCCAUUCAACACCAUGUGGACAGCUUUCAGCCCUACUCUAUCCUGGACUAAGAGAAACACAACAGCUUUCUGACACUGCUGUAUGUACCUGGGGAAAACACUGAAGGUGGUUGUCACGGUAACACUGGGAGUUGUCUUUUUUUGUUCCUCUUUCUCCAGGUGAGCGAGGGAGAGUCACUUAUUUUGAUAAUCAAUCAUGAUUACCUACAUAAAGCAUCCCCACUUUAGGAAAACAAACUCCUUCAAGACAUGUUCAUGUAUUGUUUGCAGUAGACAUUCCGUAUGUAUUGUUUGUAUUUAUUUAUGAUUACCUACAGAGAAAAUGACAAAAAAAGUAAGUGUAACUUGUCGCUGACCUCCAGGUGGAAGGCCUUCAGAUUUAUUCACAGGAAUGAUUGGAUGUAGAAUUGGAUUUUGAGUGAUUGAGAUGAUUUUUUGAAAAAUAAGUUAAUAUAAAGUUUAAAGAGGCAUUUUGCUGUUGGGUCACUAAAUAUUCUCUUCACCUGCCUUUUACAGUUAUCUGUGGCUAUGGGGGUCACACUGAGGAUAUGUAUACCAUUUUUUUUUUUUUGUAUUCAAUAAAACCAUCAUAACAAUGGGGAAGAUUUCUACAAAAUUGUCGAGGGAACAUAUUUCCCACAUCAGCAGCACUCGAUUUUAUGAUUGAGGCAACAUUGCAUUGGAAAGGAAUCUGCAUUUAUGCUUUUGACGCUUUUGGCAUGCCAUUUAUUCUCACAUUUAACAAGCUCCUGGCUGCCCUUUUCCAACAUGAAUGUGCAGGGUCCCUCUCAUGCUCAGAUCAUGUUUCAAUAGCAAGCACUGGGGCAUUAAGACAAUGUGGCGGCACCGGGAGGCUCAGGUCACACUGCUGACAGGGGGCAGAGAGGUUUAAUGUUCAGCAGAAUAGAGCACUGUUGAUCGGUGCUUUGUGUAAAUAAAACCUUUUCCUGCCAAUCACAUGACGGGCGAGUGCAGGUAACAAAGAUGAUCUGAACAUAAAAGUGGUCCUUUAUCCAUAACUGAGCCUAUUUGCUGCGUUGACCCUGCAGAUUCUAUUUUUGUUUGUUUGAUUUUUUCCAAUAAAGUGCAAGCGUCAACACUU